GCCAUGUUUUUUGCCUUCCCCCCCCCUUCGCCUCCCUCUUCCUCCUCCUCCUCCUCCUCCUCAGCCGCAGCGAGGGAACGGCCGGGCGCGGGCUUUGGAGCCGUGAGGGGAGCCCCAUCCCGGCCGCCUCCCUCCCUUCCUCCCUCCCGCCCGGUGUGGCUGUGCCCGCGGGUGUGUGGAGGUGCGACAUGGGCGGAGGGGGCCUCCCCUUCGGCGCUGCGGACGGGCGGGCGCCCUCUCCGACAUGACUGCCAGCCGCCGGGGCUGCCAUUUUGUCGCCGAGCGCGGGGCGGGAGGAGGCUUGUGACGGCCGCGGCGGGACGAGCCAGGAGGGUUAAAGAACUUGUUCUUGACAACUGCAGGUCGUACGAAGGCAAAAUUGAAGGCCUUACAGAUGAGUUUGAAGAGCUGGAAUUCUUAAGUACAAUCAACGUAGGCUUAACCUCAGUUGCAAACUUACCAAAGUUAAACAAACUUAAGAAGCUCGAGUUAAGCGACAACAGAAUCUCAGGAGGACUGGAAGUGUUGGCAGAAAAGUGUCCGAACCUCACACAUCUAAAUCUAAGCGGCAACAAAAUAAAAGAUCUCGGUACAAUAGAACCUCUGAAGAAGCUAGAAAACCUGAAGAGUCUAGAUCUUUUCAAUUGCGAGGUAACCAACUUGAACGAUUACAGAGAAAACGUGUUCAAGCUCCUCCCGCAACUCACAUACCUCGAUGGCUACGACCGGGAUGACAAAGAGGCACCAGACUCUGACGCAGAGGGCUACGUGGAGGGCUUAGACGACGAGGAGGAAGAUGAAGAUGUCUUAUCUCUAGUGAAAGAUCGGGAUGACAAAGAAGCACCGGACUCUGAUGCAGAGGGCUACGUGGAGGGCUUAGAUGACGAGGAGGAAGAUGAAGACGAAGAGGAGUAUGACGAUGACGCUCAGGUAGUAGAAGAUGAAGAAGACGAGGAAGAAGAAGAGGAAGGAGAAGAGGAGGACGUGAGCGGAGAAGAGGAGGAGGAUGAAGAAGGCUACAACGACGGGGAGGUAGAUGACGAUGAAGACGAAGAAGAGCCCGAUGAAGAACGGGGACAGAAGAGAAAACGAGAACCUGAAGACGAAGGGGAUGAAGAUGACUAAACUGAAUAACCUAUUUUGACAAUUUCCUAUUGUGAUUUGACUGUUUCUACCCUGUAUUUCCCCUUCCCACACCCCCAACCUUUAUUCCCCCCCCCUUUUUUUUCCCCCUUUUUAUUUUCUGAUUGUAAUGUUGCUGUGGGAACGAGAGGGAGCAGCAGACUGGGUGGGCAAGGGAAUAAAAUACUAUUUUUACUGGCACUCCUCCUCCUCUUCAUUUGAAACCCUUUUCUUUUUGUCCCUCUCUUAGUCCCGGUAACUGCAAUAGUAAGUAUAAACCAAGUGGUAAUUUGUUUCUUAUUAUCAGAGUGGAUAGUUUGAGAUCCUGAAAAGAGGAAAAAAGUAAGUGGAAGAUCAGUGGAUGAGAACCCCAAAUGUACCUGUUUGGAAUAGCGUUGGUUCGUUGGGAUUUUGCCACCGCUGCCAGUCACUAAAUACAUGGGAAGCAUAUUUCUGGGGGAUGCUGCAGAUUGAGGCCCAGCAUCAUCCCCCCACAGCAACGGGGGUGAGAAUGGCAUCUGGAUCAAGUGAUUUCUUUGUUGCCUGUCCGUCAAUGACUGCCAUUUUCAGCCAAUGCUUUCCCUGCUUUUGUAGGUACCUUUCCUUUUGCUGUUUGUAAAUAGUGACCAAAUGGUUUUUGUUGGGGUUUGGUAGGGUUGUGUUUUUUUGGGGGGGGAGUGUUGUUCCUUUGGAUCUGGUUUGUGGGGUGAAUUUGCAAUCCCUCCUUUUCCUCCCUGCCCUGUGUGUUGUGUUUCCUUUCUGUUUAUUGGGGGGUGUGGGGGGGUUCUUUUUCCUUUUGGCUAGGGUAUAGCCAAGACACUGAAAAUGGCAGGCAUUUAAAUAUAUAUAUAAAUAUAUAUAAAAAGUGUUCCUAAUCCCUGAGUUACUAGUGAAAUGAAUCUGACAAUUGUAAUAAAACAAAAUGUUUCAACCCUUUUCAAUAAGGUGUGUACUAUUUUGGUCUGUAAUAUAUAACACCUAGUCAAUUUGAAGUGAUGAGAAACUACUUCCACUUGUGCUAUAUACUUGGAGACUUUUUACAAACCUAAAGCCAGGAGGCAGUUCAGCAUGUAGGGUAGGAGGUUUCUUUUCAUACACUCAAGCACGAGAUACUAAUGCAAAGUUGUAUUUUCUUACCUAGUGGAAGUCAGUAAAAUGACUGAAAAUGCCUAGUGAAUGUACAGUUUUACUUUCAUAUCCCUCUUUAAAAUAGCUUUAGAAGUGACUUGUAUUUCCUAGUCAAUAUUUCAUCUGUAUAAAUACAUUUGCAACAGUUUUGGUUUCUUUUUCUUUUGGUUGGUUGUUGGUUUUUUUUUUUUCCCAGAAGAGCCAAACUUUUGAGUUUUAUGUCUGUUUGUCAUUGUUGAAUUUCAAUAAAUCUUUUGAUACAA